AAUUGUAGUUGCAGCUGAACAAUGGGGGAAAAUCAGGGCAUUGAGCAGGUCCUAGGAAAACUGGUGGAACUGCUUACAACAAAGAAGGAUGAGGCUCCAUCUUCUAGCAAGGAAAUUGUGCCACACAUGGAUGCAGUCCAGAAGUUGGAAUUGCCACCAAUUGACAUCAAGUUGGAAGGCAUAAAAAAUUAUUUGGCUUGGUCUAGACGGGCAUUGUUGUUUUUGAAGGCUAAGAAGCUUGAGAGCUAUAUUAAUGGGGAAAUGGCCGAGCCAAAGGAUAAAUCAAGUAAUGAAUGGAAAAACUGGGAUGCUACUAACUCUCUGGUGGCUGUUUGGUUAUUAAGUUCAAUGUCUCCAACAAUUGCCGCAUCUGUAGAUACUAUCACUAGUGCUUCUGGAAUGUGGGAAGCUGUAUCAAAAAUGUACUCAGGCAGUGGGAAUGUUAUGUUAAUGGCAGAAACAGAAGAUAGAAUCUAUCAUCUGAAACAGGGAGAGUUGCCUCUAAUGGCUUAUGUUGCUGAGUUGAAGCGAUUAUGGGCUGAUCUAGAUCACUACGAGCCUAUUGAGUUACCACACCCAGAAUGUGUGGCAUGGGUGAAGAAGUAUGUGGAAAAAAGGAGAGUUCUUCAGUUUUUGAGAGGAUUAAGCUCAGAAUUUGAGGGAAGGCGUGCUGCUAUGUUCCAUCAAUCUAGUCUUCCUAGCCUGGAGGAAGCCAUAGCUGCUAUGGCACAAGAAGAGAGUAGGCUGAAAGUAAUGAAAGGGAAUGCUCCAUCUCUGCCUCAGCCAGCGUUUGUGGUGGCAGAAUCACAUGAAACCAGAAUAUGCUAUAAUUGUGGUGAGAGAGGUCAUCUGAGUCGUAUUUGCCCUCAACCACAAAGGUCUCAUCGUGGAAGGGGGAGAGGUAGUGAUAGAGGUACAUCGAGGGGAGGUGGAUACCGUGGGGGAAGGAGAGGCUAUAGAGCUAACUUUGCUAUGCCUGAGGAAACUGCAUCAGAUUUGGUCACAAUUCCAGUUGCAGAGUUAGAAGAGUUGAAGAAGCUAAGAGAGAACAAGAGUAACUCAAAAUAUGAUGAUCAAGGAGCAGUGUCAACCUCAUUUGGUAAUGUUGCCAAUCUUGUUCAUUCUGAUUCAGGAAAGGAAGACUGGAAAGAGACUUGGGACUGGAGUUCGAAAUAAUGGACUCUGGUUUCUUGAUAGAAGGAAGACCGAUGAAGCAAUAUGUCUAGCUCUCACAACAGUAGCUAGUGAAGAGGAGGCGAAGGUAAUGCUUUUGCACUGUCGGUUGGGGCAUAUAUCUUUUGAUGUUAUGAGUAGAAUGUUUCAUGAUGAAAUGUGCAAGGUAGACAAACGAAAAUUAGUAUGUGAUGCUUGUGAAUUUGGGAAACACACGAGAGCCUCCUACGUGAGUAGAGGACUACGGAGUGUGAAUCCUUUCAUGUUGAUCCACUCAGAUGUGUGGACUUCUCCUGUUGUUUCAGUGAGUGGAAUGAAAUAUUUUGUUACCUUCA